AUGGCAGGAAACGGCGAAUUACGCAGAUCUUUGAGGUUGGCAGAAAAGAAUAACAGGCAUGAGGAGAGAAAGAUCAAGAAAGAAGAGGUGAGCGGAGACGAGGCAGAGGAAGUGGUCCCAGAGAUAGCGGGUGAAGAUGAGGAAGGGCAAGCUGAGGAGAUGGUAGUGAAGAAGGACGAAGAAUCACCUGCCGAGACGCCUGCAGAUGUAUCGCACUCUGAUCGAACAAUGGGAGCAAAAAUGGAAGAAAAACCAGAAAGGGCAGAGGAGAUCGGAAAGGGAAACAAGCUGCCGAGAAGGGUGGCAACCAAGAAGCAAAAAGGCAGAUUCGCAAAGAAGACUGAAUCAACAGACGAAGAUGACGUAGAAGCCGGGAAAAACUACCUUGCCAUUCUCAAGGGGCCAUUCAAGUUUGAGAAAACAGGGAGAAUGAAGAUGAAGGAAGAAGCGGUCAAACAAGGGCGAGACCUGUGGGAAAAGGUAUUGUUGGAGUGCAAACUCAGGAAACAGAUUGCAAAGGAGGCGGCGGCAAAAGCCAGGUCAAGGCAGAAUCCGGCUACGCAUGCUCACGACAAACUGCCAGGCGGAGCAUCUCAAUUUCAUGGGUUUCUCAGCCUUCCAAGAGAGGUUCGGUAUCUUAUCUAUGGAUUCUACCUGGAUGCUUGCGACGUUGGUGGGUGCUGCUCUUUUGGACAAAUAGUACUGCAGCUACUGGAUCGAUAUCGCAGAGAUGGGGCUGGAAGCCCUGUGGGAUCGUACCAAAAGUCGUACCGAAAGUCGACCAAUAUUGGGACUGAAGUGAAGUUGUCGGAUAAGCGGGCAUUCUUGAUCCUCAAGGAGGUCUACAUCAAGCUCGUGGAGGAGCCUCACGAGGCCCAACAAUUGGAACAAGCUGUCUACGACGAAUGCGCCGAAUAUGCGGACGAUUAUAUGUACUUUAUCAACUACAGACCGAAUUGGGUCAUGAGACCAUUUCAUCGAAUCAAUCAGCCCUGCCAAAAUAACUUCCGAGUGACUGAGCGGGGUAACAUCCUCAACGAUCUCACACCGUUGUCCCUCGUUUGUCGCGAAAUCCUGUGCGAAAUGUGGGAGUUCUGUCAGUGGAAUAAGGCGCCCAUCAUCGUGGAUAUACGCCAAUGCGAUUUUCGCCCCCUUUUUCGACUUUGCAGAACUCUGAAAAGACUAUGCGGCUACAACAUCACCUCCUCCAUGGUCAAAAUACGCUGGGAAUGGCGUUCCUAUACCUCCUCCUCUCCAUCCGAGGGCCCUUUUCCUAAAGACUUUUACAACCUUGCGCAAUUGUUUCUGAUGCACUGGCUGGCGGGAUUUCCUCUGUGGUACCUGCCAGCGCUAGGUAGUUGCCUUUUGGAAGAACAUUGGCACUCUCCUUGUAGCGACGGGCUUGACAAUGAAAUCGACCCUUACAAGAGUGCCCGUGGCAUAACUCAGGAGUAUCCACCGAAGGUAGCCGUUGCGUAUUGGAUAUGGGUUGUCAGACAUGCUGCUGCUCUGUGGCGUAUUGAUCCAGCAAUGUGGGAUGUACUGACAGAUCAGUACUUAAGGCAUCUGAAUUACGGUGCUCACCGAGACCAUCAUUGCAUACGUCCGUUUUAUCCACCUUGGAGACUUGGACUGGGCAAGAUUGAGAAUACGGUCGGCAUUAUUGCCACAGCUGCUCUAAGGCCUCUUCCUAGACUAGAAAAGCCGCCCCGCACCUUUCAAGCAGUAGCGGAAAAUUUCGAGGUUAGGGACGGCCGUCUUCGAUAUUCGCCCGCAGUGCAAUUUUAUGGAAGAGCUGUGUACAAAGCUGUAAAAGCCAAGCCUGGAAGGUUUUACAGUGAAUGGGAGAAGUGCUGGGACGAGGAAUCCGUGCCUGACGAAGGUAUCAUUUAG